GAUGAGUGAAUUCAUGCUUGAUACCGUGAUAGGUUGCCACCUGAGCAAUAAGUCCAUCUGUCAACAAGUGACAAUCAGGGGCGGACUGACAACUCAUGGGGUCCCCAGGCAAUAGGGGAUCAUGGGGCCCCUGUGUCCUUGCCCAAACUCCAAAAAGCCUAUGAAAAAGGUACCAGGGGGCAUCUCAUGGGGCCCCCUACUGACCCAGGGUCCUCGGGCAGUGCCCGAGUUUCCAAAUGGUCAGUCCGCCUCUGCAGACAAUACACCUUACAUGCUUGCAAAUUUUGCAUUGUCC